GCCUCACUCACAACACGCCAGGCCGGUGUCGCUAGCGGUCGGUUCCAGCCGCGCGGCCACCAUCGCGUACCAGUGCAAGUGAAGUGAGAGUGACCCAACAAGGAUUUUAACCAACUCGUCGCUUUUGGACUUAACAUGAAGCUACUCAAGGUCGCACUUGUGCUGGCCGUCCUGGCCGCGGUGCGGGCAGACAAGGGUCCCCUGCGGAUGCGCGAGGGUCCCCGAGAAGGGCGGCACGGCGAGCACCACGGCCCGCGCGAGGCCACGCCCCGGGACGGGCCGCGGAUACGGCGCGAGCCCCCGCAGCCCCCGCGCCACCACUACGGCCCCGGGCCUCCCGGCGGGGCCCUGCGCCCGUCCAAGCAGGCCGCGGCCUACGGGCCUCCGCACGGCCACGGUGGAGGCCACGGCGGGGUCCACAGUGGAGGCCACGGAGCUGCGCACGGGCCCAGCUCCAAGCCCCGGUACGGGCCGCCGUCCAGCCACAGUCUCGGCCACAGCGUCGGGCCCCACAAGCACCGAGCCAAGCCCGUAUACGGGCCCAAGGGCAAGGGGAAGGGCCACGGCCACGCCCACAGCGCCCACAGCCUGGACAGCUACGAGGCGUCCUCGGCGUUCGAGAGGCCCACCCGCCAAAGCUACGGGCCGUCCAAGUCCGGCUACGGGCACCCACCGCCCCCGCGGGGCAGUGCUGGCCCCACCAAGUCCAACCGACCCAAGACCACGUACUCGCUGGGUCCCGACUUCAGUGGGUCGCAGUCCAAGCCAAGCUACGGCCCGCCCAAAUCUUCCAAGCCACCGAAGUACCGCAAGACGAAGUACCGCGGACCCAAGCCCGUGUACGGGCCCACCAAGUCCUUCAAGCCGUCGUACUCGGCGCCGUCCUCGCCGCCUAGCCUGUCCUCUCCGUCGUCGGGCGAGUACUCUUUGGACCCGUCCACCUCCAGCCACUUGCUGAACUCGUACGGCGAGCUGGCGCAGCCCGCCCCCUCGCCGUCGUACUCGCCCGUCAACAAGCACCAGGCCGCCGCCACCUCCUCGGCCGAGGCCGCCGGGGGCAGCGUGGGCUCCUACGAGGACGUCUCCUCCUACGAGAGCAGCAGCGGCAGCCCGUACGGCGGCGCGUCCUCGUACAAGCAGGAGGCGAGCGCGUCGUACAAGCCCGACGGCAGCACCGAGAUCCAGCCGUCCAUCUCGUACACGCUGCUGCCCACGCACGGCGGCGGCGCCACGCUCAGCCCCGACUACAAGCCCGACUCGUACAAGAAGUCGCCCUACUCGUCGUACCGCGCGCCCUACGACGGCUCGUCCUUCAAGUCGCCCGUGUCGCACGGCGGCGCCGCCACCUCCUACAUCAACGUCAACAACCCCGGCGGCACGGCGGCCACCCCCGCCGACGAGCACUACGGCGCCGCGCAGGCCGUCCUCACCACGGGCUACCGCGCGCCCGACUACGAGGGCUCCGCCAGCUCGGCCAGCUCGGCCAGCUCGGGCUACAGCAAGCCCGCCUACUACGGCAGCAGCGCCUACAAGCACCAGCCGCAGCACCAGCACCAGCACCAGCACCAGCACCAGCAGCAGCAGCAGCACCAGCCGCAGCACCAGCAGCAGUACCAGCAUUACGGCGACAUCCAGACGGCCGGCUCGUCCGUGCACGCGCAGCACGUGCAGCCUGGCAGCGUGCAGCAGGCCGUGCAGCAGGCCGAGCAGAGCUUCCAGGCGCCCGCCGAGGUGUUCGGCUUCGUGCCGUACAAGUCCGUCGCCGUGUCGGCCAGCGUGCACACCCAGGCGGGGCCGUCCUCCUCCGGGGCGCCCAUCCACGUCCCGAGCGUGGCUCCCGGGCCCAACGAUGUGUCCCAGCAGCAGCAGCAGCAGCCGCAGCAGCAGACCCCCAACCUGUCCGGCGGCCUCAGCCCCCAGGACUGGGACGCGUACUACGGCGACUCGAGCAAGCAGGCCAAGCCCGGCCAGCAGCCGCAGCAACAGCAGCAUCAGCAGCAGACACAGCCACAGCAGCAGCAGCAGUCGGACGUGCUGUCUCCCAACUACUACGACCCGCUGCCCGCCCAGCAGGGCUCCCAGCAGGGCUCCCAGCAGGGCUCCCAGCAAGGCUCCCAGCAUGGCGCGCACCACCCCGACGCCUACGGCAGCAAGGUGGCCAAGCACCGGCACCCGUCCUCGUCCUCCCGCAAGAAGGACACGACCCAGGCGCACCUCAAGAUGCUGCUGCAGCAGCGCGCGCAGCAGCAGAAGCAGGCCAACGCGAGGUACUCGCACGUCCAGCAGCAGCAGCAGCAGCAGCAGCAACAACACCCCAACGCCCGCGAGUCCUACGCCACAGAGGAGGAGAUAGAGGAGGACGAGCAGCAGGACGACAGUGCCAGCCCAGAGGAGUCGCGGAGGUGAAUAGGAUGAGAUCAGUACAAAGCAGAACGGGAGCGGGCCACUCACGGGCCCAUUCAUUAUUUAUUUAUUUUUGUUGUUGUAAUUAUUACGUAACGAAACCAAAACAAAUUACUAUUUGAACAAAUUAAUUUAAUGUUUUGACAUGACCGUGACAACUGAUGUGUCUUGUUGGUUUCAUAAGUUAUUGUUGCUUUUGCUUUUAUUUGUUUUUGUUUUGUUGUUUUUUUGUUGUUGAAUUGUUAAUGUGUUGUUGACAUACGCCUCCCGCCGGCGAGGUAAUGUGGAAAUCCUCUCUAUUCAAUUUGCCCUUUUCAAUUGCUAUUUAUUUAUUGUUUUAAUUGUUUUAAUUGCCUAACAAUAAGUUUGCGCAUUGGGCGCAGCGACGAGUCACUUUGGUCCCCGGGGAACCGACAGCAUUAGGAGUACUGUUGAUAAUCUGCGACUAAAACUAAAUGAAUUUCAAUGUUACUCUUUGAUUGGAGCGAUACGGUGAGUGAAAAUGUUCCUAGGAAACAGUAUUAGGUUGACUGUCUUAUUUAUUGUUAGAGGUACGUCCAAAAGAAAGUGCUGUCACUUUUGUGCUAGUAUUUCAAAAACGGAGUUUUUUUGAAAAGAAAAUCCUACAGUAAAAAUGAAAUAAACUAUGAAAUAUGAAAAAACUGUCAA